UAUCCUUGGAUCAGACCACUUCAUUUAUAACUGGUCCCUCUAUGCCCAUACGUCUCCAAGUAAAGAAAUAUAGACAACACAGUCCUUUGCUUCGCCUUAUAUCCUUUUUCUUCCAAAUACUCUCUCACACACACACAGAGUAACUCUCUCAUGGAGAAGACAGACAGAGAAACUCAUGAUUUCAUGAACGUGGAGUCUUUCUCUCAGCUACCCUUUAUCCGUCCAGGUCCAGGUCCAGCACUGCCUAAAGAAAAGGCCGGCAUUAGGCUUUUUGGGAAAGAAUUUGGAGCUGAUGGUGAUGCUGCAACCGAGGAAUCAGAAUCCAAUGAAAUUAAAGAGAACAAUAAUACCAUUAGUAGCCGGAAAUUCGAGUGCCAUUACUGUUGCAGGAAUUUCCCGACUUCACAAGCCUUAGGAGGACAUCAAAAUGCGCAUAAGAGAGAACGACAGCAUGCUAAAAGAGCUCAUCUUCAAUCUGCAAUGGUCCAUGGUGCAGCUUUCACUGAAGCAAAUAAUAUUUAUGGCAUAAUGAAUUAUCGCCUUCCUAAUUACCAUCAUCCAUCAGCAUGGAUGACAAACACUAGCAGAUUUUAUGCAAGUCCUUACACUUCUCAUCAAACACCGCCUAUAAAUGGAAGUCCUUUAGCCUUCUGGAGGAUCCCACCACCAACUAAUAAUUCUUCUAAUUUUGGUCGUGAACGCUCCGUGAUGCCAGUGUUUCCUGCUAAUAAUCAGGAUUUCAAGCCUUCUCCAAUCAUCAAUACUACUUCAACUUCUCAAGACCAUGUGAGUUUAGAUCUACACUUGUGAAAUAUUUGGAAUUUCCAAUCUAAUUAAAAUUCUUUAAUCUUGGGCACAAUUUCUUACAUGCACCAUAUUUAAAGCUUUUCUUA